UCCGCACUGAAUGUUGUAGAUGAGCAGCAACCAUUUAAUUUGCUAGAUUGCAUUAUAACCUAGCAAUAAAAUGGAGUACUGUUUUAGAUCUAUUUACCCUAUAACAUUUGGUUAUUCUGACCUACUUUUAAUCGUUUAAUCCAACUUAAUUAUCUUUUGCAAACGAUGUGAUACCAUAUCGGCCAGCUUUCGUCAAAUAAGCACAGUAAUAUAAGGAGGAGUUUACCACCGAGAUAUUCUGAUAUUUUUGAAGAUGACAAGCACUGAUAUUCGAGAAGGGUUCAUUUGUCCCAUCUGUUUAAAAGACUAUUCUUCUGUAACACAAUUGCAAACACAUUUUGAAGAUGCACACACAACUGAAGAGAAAGCUGUUUCGCAGCAACUCAAAGGCUUAUUUGAAAAGGCCAAAAAACGACUGUUGGGUGAUAUGCUUGGGGAAAAAGAAGAUUCUUUUGAUGACAGAGAACAAUCAAGUACAAAUGCGCUCAUACCUGGACUUUAUCCUUUUUUCUGGGAGCCUCAGGAAGUUGGAAUUUCUCGAAGUCACACUGAAACCUUCAAAGCAAUUCGAGAUGCCCGAGUGGACAGAUUUGUGAUAGAAACUAACAAGUUACUUAUUAGGCUUGAUAAACUAAUAAGUCCUGAGGCACCUACUGACCCAAAUAAGCGAAAAGUAUUUGAAAAAACUGUGGUUCCUUGGGUAAAUGAUGCAGAUGUGCCCAUGUGUCCUUCUUGUGCUAGAACAUUUAUUGUCACCCGCAGACGACACCAUUGUCGAUUAUGUGGAGGAAUUGUCUGUGAUAGAUGCUCUCAUUUUAUGUCAUUUUCAUUUGCCAAAAAAUUAACAGAUCCAGCUUUUAACUUCCAAAAAGAAAGUGGAUUUUUAAAACGUUCCGGAAGUGAUACAAGUCUCAACUCCAUGUUUAGUGCUGAGGGUGAACAACAUAUUCGUACUUGUCUUGACUGUCGACGGCUUCUUGAAAGACGUGAUAGCCUGGUUGAACAAAGAAAUUUAAAACCUGUCAUUGUCCAGCUAUAUGAAAAAUUAAGAACUUGUAUCGAAGAAGCAGAACAACAACUUCCCAGAUUUUUACCAAUGGUUGAAUCUUUGAGUAAUGGUGAAUCGACUUACAGCCUAAAUGAAGCAAAUCAGUUGCGUUGUCAACUAUUAAAACUGUAUGAAUAUAUUGAUAUAAUAAGUAAAAAGAUUUUGACACUGGGUGUAAACAAUGAAACAUCUCCACCUCUAAGACAACUAUACUUGCAAAGAGCAAUACGUACUUUUUCUAGUAACUUUUUGAAAGAGAACUUGAGUGGAAUUCAACAACUUCCAUCUCAAGAAGAAUAUGAAAAGAUGAAAAAUUCUCAUACUGUGGAGAUGCAACAAAAAUUUGCACUAGAACGAAAAGAAGCCAUGUUAGCUCAAGAGCAACAAAAGUCUUCUGAUUCAUCAACAAGCAGUUUUUCUCAACAUCGACAGCAUCAUUCUCCAUCUCAAGAGGAAGCUUCCAGAACUGAAACUAAUGGUAACAUUGGUAAAGGCUGGAAGCCAUCUGAGAUUUCUUCUUAUUCACAGAAUACAAAUGAUCCCAUGUUGCAGCAGAUAGAAAUAAUUCGUGGAUAUAUUAAACAAGCAAAACAAGCCCAAAAAUUUGAUGAAGUUGAAAUGUUGGAGCAAAAUUUACAAGAACUUCAACUUGAAUAUAAUAAACAAAACAAAUAAAAUUUCAAGGUUCAUUCAAUAAAUGCCUCAUUUAACUUCAGAA